AUGAAGGAUACGAUAAAUUAUAGAUUCGAGGAUAAUAAGGAUGAAAUGGUAAUUAUUGUGAAUGAACAAAAUGAGUUUUCAGAUUUGAAAACUCGAAAAGCUAUGAGAACGAACAAUUUAUGGCACAGAUCAACGGCAGUUUUUGUGUUCACCAAAUUAGAACAAGAGUAUUUUAUUUAUAUACAUAAAAGAUCUAAAAUAAAAGAUUACUGCCCUUCUUACUAUUCCAUUGGCUUUGGUGGGGUAGUUUCCAGUGAAGAAGAGUACCUUCAGAAUGCACUCAAAGAACUGGAGGAGGAAAGUGGAAUAGUAAAAAAACCUGAACAGCUAUUUUAUUUAGGCAUAUUAAAAUGUGACACGGGUUGUACCAGAUCUUUUGUCAGCUCUUACUUAACCUUUGUCAACCCGGACUUUCAAACAGUACCUCAAUUAAAUGAAGUCGAAUUUAUAACAAGAAUUUCGAUGAAUGACUUUGAGAAAUUUUUGGAACAAGAAAAAUUCACACUAACAAGUAUAUUCAUAUAUAACCAUUUCAAGGACAAAAUGACAAAAACCCACUUGGACGAAAUUUACGAAAAAAUUAACUAA